GAAGCCAUUUUGGACUCAGUUCAGUUCCGUGCAUGUCAGAAUCGAACCCUGUUCAUCCAUUCUCGCUCUUGCACGGGAAAAUCUUCACACACGAACGGGAUUUGAGAAGAAAUCGCCGGUUAUUCCGCACCGGAAGGCGUUUCUGUUGGAAUAGGCGCUUUUCCUGAUGGAUUUGCGCAUGUGUUAAAGUUUGAUUAAAGCCCGAUCGGUGGGUGGACAUCAGGCCGACGGUCGCUCGGGCUCGUGCAUGUGUGUUUGUGUGUGUGCACAUGUGUGUGUGCGUUUCCCCGAUCGUUUUAAAUGUGUGCAAAGCAGAAAACACUGAAAAGGAGAAAAACCGGGGUGCUUUUGUGUCACUAGAGGAAUAUGUUCGCUUCCUGGCUGACUUUUACACUUCUUCUGGGAACUUUCAGUGCAGGCCCCAGUCAUGCCGAGGUGGAGACGCACGAGUGUUUGUACUUCAACAUUAACUGGGAGGUGGAGAAGACGAACCGCAGCGGCGUGGAGCGCUGUGAGGGAGAGAAGGACAAGCGCUCGCACUGCUACGCCUCGUGGAGGAACAGCUCGGGCAGCAUCGAGCUCGUCAAGAAGGGAUGCUGGCUAGACGACUUCAACUGCUACGACAGACAGGAGUGUGUGGCCACCGAGGAGAACCCGCAGGUGUUCUUCUGCUGCUGCGAAGGAAACUUCUGCAACGAGAGGUUCACACACCUGCCUGACGUCAGCGGUCCAGUGAUCGAGCCGCCUCCGGACGCUCCGCUGCUGCUGAAUCUGCUGCUGUGUUCUCUUCUGCCCGUCACGAUGCUCUCUCUGAUGCUGCUGCUGGGUUUCUGGAUGUACCGGCACCGCAAGCCUCCGUACGGACACGUGGACAUCAACGAGGAUCCGAGUCCGUCUCCUCCGUCUCCUCUGCUGGGUCUGAAGCCUCUUCAGCUGCUGGAGGUUAAAGCUCGAGGACGCUUCGGCUGCGUCUGGAAAGCUCAGAUGAUGAACGAAUACGUAGCUGUGAAGAUCUUCCCCAUUCAGGACAAGCUGUCGUGGCAGAACGAGCGGGACAUGUUCUCCACGCCGGGCAUGAAGCACGAGAACCUGCUGCGCUACAUCGGAGCCGAGAGACGCGGAGCAAACCUGGAGACGGAGUUCUGGCUCAUCACAGAGUUUCAUGAGCGGGGUUCGCUGACGGAUCAUCUGAAGGGGAACGUGCUGAGCUGGAUGGAUCUGUGUCACAUCGCGGAGACCAUGGCCUGCGGUCUGGCGUAUCUUCACGAGGACGUGCCUCGCUGUAAAGGAGAAGGUCCUAAACCGGCCAUCGCUCACAGAGACUUCAAGAGCAAGAACGUGAUGCUGAAGGCGGAUCUGUCGGCGGUGUUGGGGGACUUUGGGCUGGCGGUGCGCUUCGAGCCGGGGAAGCCUCCGGGAGACACACACGGUCAGGUCGGGACGCGCCGCUACAUGGCUCCUGAGGUGCUGGAGGGGGCCAUUAACUUCCAGCGGGACGCUUUCCUGCGGAUAGACAUGUACGCCGUGGGACUGGUGCUGUGGGAGCUGGUGUCACGCUGCAAAGCUGCAGACGGUCCUGUAGACGAGUACAUGCUGCCGUUCGAGGAGGAGAUCGGCCAGCAUCCGUCUCUGGAGGAUCUUCAGGAUGCGGUGGUUCAUAAGAAGUUGCGGCCAGUGUUUAAGGAUAUUUGGCUCAAGCAUUCAGGUCUGGCGCAGAUGUGCGAGACGAUCGAGGAGUGCUGGGAUCACGACGCCGAGGCGCGGUUAUCAGCCGGCUGCGUAGAGGAGCGAAUCUCUCAGAUCCGCCGCCUGAUGAACGCCACUACCUCAGACUCCCUCCUUUCCACAGUCACCUCGCUCACCAACGUGGACCUGCCGCCCAAAGAGUCCAGCAUCUGACCCUCAGAGGAUCCCGAACCACAUCCAAGCAGCUGCUAUUUUAUCCUAACAUUUUUUUAACUUUAUUAUUAUUAUUGUUGUUAUUAUUAUGGUUAUUUUUCUGAUCGGACCAGUAACUUACCAGCACACUUCUCUACUGUAUUUUUAUCAUCAGAGCAAACGCAGAAGAUUUUUAAACAUGCAUUCAGGUGCCGACAAAUGAAUGCUCACGUACCUCGACGUUUAAUUUCUGCCGAUUCCGUUGGUUUUUCUCGCUCAUCAUCUUCUGGUUUUUCCGUUGGGGUCGCCCUGCGACGAGCAACCAGUUCAUCUGAAGAUUUAACAGUGCUGCAAAACCCCGCGAGGAUCAUUAAGACUGUUACACGCGCAACCAGACCUCCUCGCCGGGAUUUCACUUUCCUAUUCCUCUUUUUCCGACAGUGUGCUAUUCAAAAAGUACGGAAAACGUGUCUUUUACGGAACUAACGGGUGUUGAGGAACACAAUUAGAAAAGACAUCUGGACUAAUUCCUUUCUUUCUUUCUUUCUUUCUUUCUUUCUUUCUUUCUUUCUUUCUUUCUUUCUUGUUUGGGUUUUAUUUGGUGGUGACUGUGAACGGAUUGGUGGGCUUUUAUCGACUGGAUAUGGCUGGAAACUCUUGCAUGUGGAAAUAUGGGAGGUUUGGUACGGAAAUCUUUCUCAGGUAUCCAGUGUCAAGGGUCCAUGACUGCCUUUCCCACAUCAUUAUAGGACAGAGAGAAAUAUAACGGUGCCCUGAUGAAUUUAACACUAAAACAUGCAAGACGUGUGUGUGUGUGUGUGUGUGUGUGAGAGAGAGAGAGAGUGUGUGUUUAGUGCUGAGAGUUUGUUGAAAAUAGAAAAAAAUGACCAUGAUAAGUUUGGCCCGUGCGGCUGUAUGAACGCAAAUGUUGGUUUUCCCUGUCUAGCUUCUCUUGUAAUAAUGCAACAUGUGUUUUGUGCGUCCGCAGUAAAGGACUGAAUCCUCGCCUGGGUCAAAUUCCGGGUCAAAACACCUCAAAAUCAAAGGAAAAGAAAAUAAGAAAUAAUGUUUGUUGUAAAUAAGAGUUUUUUUAGGCGCAUUAAUUGUGGCAUUAUAAUUAAGCACAUUUUCCUUUAUAUUCUCAUGAUCGUAAAGCAGUUUAUUUCUGAUAAUUUCAUCAUCCUCAGUGUUAUUUCAUUACUGCAAUACUUUAAUUUAUGAUGCGUUUUACCCAAAACUUCUAAUGAACAUAAUGCAUCCAAUUUUAUUGUUUAUUAUUAUUAUAUAUUUUUUUGUGUGGUAAUUCUCAAUUGUUCUCUAUAUUGACUACAUAAAUUCUUAUAUAAUAAUUUAAACUGAUUUUAAUAAAAACAAAAAAAAAUUGUUUUAAUCAGUACAGGCAGUACAACAAAUAUUAAAUUAUAUUAAAAAAUAUUACCCUCAAUUCUCAUGACUGAAAUGCAUCCCUGAAAUGAGAUCCCAAUUUUAUUUUAUUUUUAUUAUUAGUAUUAUUGGUAUUAGUUUUGUAAUUAUAAUUUUCCAUGUUGAGGUCUCAAAAUCUUAUUUUUACUUUUUUUAUUAUUAUUAUUUUAUUUUUAUUUUUUUUGGUAAUUCUAAUUAUUCUCAAUUUUCAAAAUUGUUAUUACUAUAAUAUAAAAAUGAAUCCUGGUUUUAAUUAAAAGUACUGAAAAACAACUACUGAUUAAAAACAUUUCUAAAUUAUCAUUAUUUUUAUUUUUAUUUUUUGGUAAUCACAGUUUUUCUCAAUUCUGAUUCUAAUUAUUAAUGUAAUAGAAUGAAGAUGAAUUACGUUUUUAAAAAGCAGUUCAGGCAGUCAACAAACACUGCAAUCUAAGUAUCAACAAAGAUAUUUUUUUAGGGAAAUGUGCUUAAUUGUUGCGAAAAUAUUAAAUAAUGCAAAACAUCUAAAUGUAGGCAAAAGCGAAGUACAAUUUCUUAUUUUUUUCUUUGACUUUGAGCUGAAAUAUAACCCUGUUUUAAGCGAUUCCUCCCUGGAAGUGUUUGGUUUUGUGUGUUUUGGUCUGGUCCCUUCAUGUAUUACCUCUUUCUAACAGGGACCAAAUCUUAGAUCUGACCUCCAACGAUGUUGAGACUUCUGUUCGGGGCUUAAAAUUAUCAGAAUGUCAAACUUCACUCUGUCCAGGUUACGUUUGACUCAUUAGCAAAGACAAAAAACCCAAGAAUGGUAUUUAUUUUGUCUUAAGAGUGGCUAGUAAUCCACGUUUCCAUAUGCCAUAGCUCAAGAGUGAAUUUCCACAGUGCUGCUGCUGUUUGGAUGAAACGUUGUGAUAUUUUCUGUAUCUUCUCAGUAAAGUUCAUCCUCCGAUGCAAACGCGCGUCACCAGACAUUCAAAAGGCUUCCGAGACGAACGAGCGCAACUCUAAACAAUAAAAUUAGUCGUGAAAGGACAAAAAAAAUAAUUAUUAACGCUAUUGUUCAUGAACCACAGACCACCUCAGACCAGAAAUACCUCAGAUUUUCUACGUGUUUGACUUCUGUUAUAUAUUUUGUUAGUUGUGUUGACUUGUAGUAAGUAUAUUUUGAUGUAAGUUGGCUUUUAUGAUUAGGAAAGAUGUUUUUGGAGAAGUAAAAAGAAGAAAAAAUACAAAAAAAAAAAGAAGUGCUACUAAGUUGUGUUGUAUAAACGAUGUAAAUAGCUGUAAACAGUUGUAGAAUCGUGCUGAAACAGGGCAUUAUUCUUCUUAUUCUUCUUCCUGUCUCUGACUUCACGGGACAUUGAACCUUAAACGUUUGGCGCUUCUUCCAAAAAUUUGAUUGUAUUUCCCUAUUUUUACUUGCACAAUUUUUUUACCUAACCCUUGUGUGAUGUUACGAGGGACAAAAUUGAACCUAUCGUUCAAAAGAAACCUUAAAGGGAUUAAAGUUCACCAAAAAUGACAAUUCGGUCUUUUACUUUUUCUCAAGUUAUUAAACCUGCAUGACUUUAUUUCUUCUGUUGAACACAAAAGAAGUUAUUCUGAAGACCUAAAAGUUGCCUGUAGCCAUUGACUUCCACAGUAUUUUUUUCCCUUCAAUGAAAGUCAAUGGCUACCUUACAUCCUUAAAAAUAUUGUUUUCAUAACAUGAUUUUUGGAAACCAAACAAUUGUUGGUAGCCAACUACUACUUUUCAACUACGAAAGUCGAUGGCGACCUUUAGCUAUUUGAUUCCCAACAUUCUUCAAAAUAUCUUAUUUGAAAAAUGUUGGGAACCCCAAAAAUUGGCCGUAGCGAUUGCCUUCCAUAGUAUCUAUAUAUUUUCUUUCAAACUAUGGAAGUCAAUGGCUACCGUCAACCCCAGAGCACCAUCUUCUGUCAUUUUUGGGUGAACUGCCUCUUUAAGAAUUGACUGUGAACCCAACGCUUACCAAAUGACCUCGACCAAAUUUUACCAGUGAUUUCACAAAGAUUUUCAGGGCCAAAUGAAGGUUCGGUGUCCCGAACGUUUGUGCCAUUUCUCUGCUCUCU